CUUCUCACCCGCCCAAUUCAGGAACUAGCGGAUCCCACCAUUCCCAUCCUCGCGCAAGAACUGACGGAUAGGCUUAACGCUCCGACUGACAUACGAGGCCCCGUGGGCCGCUCUCUCCCCGUUCGUCCAUGUUGGUCCUUAUAGCAGUACGUACCCAGUACGUGCUCUUUACAGCUAAGGUUCGUUCAUCAGACAAGCUGACAGCGUUUCUCCUUCCAGGUAACCUUUCCUCCGUCCGGACACGCCAAACUUACGUACCGCAGCGCCGAACGCAAUCCCAACAGCACGUCCAUCAGCUGACCAGACAGCCCGCGUCUGUCCCGUGUUAUAAGACCGCACCAUCCCCUCCAAGCACUCGACUGCGAGAUAGCCGGUCACCGGCCCCCGGCCUACAGCGCAUUGUCCGAGCUCCCAAGCUGACUUCGUUCCUGACAUCGACUGGCGCUCCCGAAUAGCCCCGGCGGCCCGUGUCCACCGGCUCCAGCAAACUCUCGUCCUCCGGUGGACGCGGGCACUCCCGCUCGCGACCCUGAGUCCAGCGUGGCUUCACCGCGAGCACGCAUGGAAC